AUCUGUUUACAUUGAUGGGUGUGUAGUCGCUGGUGCGAUGUCGCCUGGGUGCGUUCAUCGUUUGCUAUGUUGCGCGACGGUUUGUACUGAACAACACGUUUCCCCAAAACGGUGCACACUCUUCAACAACUUUUGAGGUACGUUUGCUCCCGUUUCGUGGGUGUGGUCAAAUACGAACUAUUAUAUUGACAAGAAAGCCGAGUGACCGCUCUAACAAUGCAAAUACAUGUCCUCGAAGAUGGAAGGCAGGCGGGAGGAGAAAAGAUCAGGUGGGACCAUUCUAGCCAAUGAGAGGGCAGAUGCCACGGACGCAAGACUACCCUCUCGCAUUCAGGAUUUUAAUUUGAUGGCAGAUCAAGAUUUCAGCUACAAUGGAUGCUUUACCAGCAUGGCCCAAGGGGAAGAAGCUGGUUCACCUGGAUCUGAAAGGAGCACCUCCUAGAAUUGAUUACCUGCACAAGCUGAUUGGUCUUUUUUCUGGUCUGGGUGCUAACGGUAUAUUGGUGGAGUAUGAAGACAUGUUCCCCUAUGAAGGCGAGCUGAAGGUGCUGCAAUCCACUCAGCAUUCACCAUACAGUCGUGAGGAGGUCCUGUCCAUUCAGGAAGUGGCCAAGUCCCAAGGGUUAGAGGUCAUUCCUCUGGUGCAGACGUUUGGACACAUGGAGAACUUCUCACCCCCACCCCACCCCCCCCCUCUCUCUCAGUUUGUGUUGAAGCACAAGUCGUUGUGGGGGUUGAGGGAGGUGGGCCACUGCCUGGGCACUCUGAACCCCCACAGAGAGGAGGGUGUGAGGCUGGUAGAGGAGAUGCUUCGCCAGGUGGUGGAGCUCCACCCAGGCAGCACCAGCCUGCACAUUGGAGCUGACGAGGUGUACCUCCUAGGUGAGGGAGAGGAGUCUAGACGCUGGCUGAGCACACCUGGCCGUACAGUACAGCAGCUGUUCCUCAGUCAUGUGACCAGGGUAGCAAAGGGCGUCAGGGAGGCGUGGCCAAACCUCAACAUGAUCAUGUGGGACGACAUGUUGAGAGGGAUGGACCACGACACACUGAAAGGCAGUGGUUUAGUAGGAUUGGUCCAGUUGAUGCUGUGGGACUACAACCCCACCCUAGAUGUGAAAAACACGGUAUAUCUAUUGGAGAGGUACAGUGGUGCAGGGCUGUCAGAACUGUGGGCAGCCAGUGCCUUCAAAGGCUCUACUAAUGUCCACACCUGUGUGACCAGCACACAGAGACAUGUGGACAACCAUCUACAGUGGCUACAGGUGGCAGCAGCCCUGCCUGAAGGCAUACACAUGCUGGGCAUCGCCCUCACUGGCUGGCAGAGAUAUGACCACCUGUCUGUGCUGUGUGAGUUGCUGCCCCUAGCUCUGCCCUCCCUGGCCUCCAGUCUACAGACACUCACACAUGGCCAGUUCAGCCCGGAGGCUCAGAGCAGGGUGACAAAGACUUUGGGCAUCUCUUCUGUAGAGGUAGAAACCAUGGAAAGCCCUAGCUCCACUACAGGUGACUCUGUGCUGUUUCCAGGGAGGAGGUUGGCAGAGCUGGUUGUGGAACUAACAGCAAUACUGCAGUCAGAAGAACUCCGCCAUUUUGAAGACAACAUGUUUGUGAGAGGCUGGUUCACUCCUUACCACAGACAGAGAAAGAUAGUCAGCCCACUUAUUGCUCAGCAGUUACAGUGUCAAGCCAUGACAUUGUUGGCUCUUGUGGAGCAGAGAGUGGCGAUGGUGAAGAAGGAGAUGGUGCGUCUGUACCCAGCCUCCACAGCUCAGGAGUGGGUAGAGCAGCAUGUCAGCCCCGUGGUGGCUCCCCUCCAGAGGGUCCUGGAGGACAUCAGAGCCAGCCUACUAGAGAUGGUACCCCAGAUCGUCUCAGCUUCUAUGGUUGGGCAGUAAAGUUUAGCCUGGGUCCGGAAAGCGAUCUAUCCGUGCAGACUUCAUACAGUGAGGUCCAAGAGGUAGUGAGAAAAUUAUUCCAUGAUUUUCAAAAAGCAACUUUUAUUUAAUUCUGUUUGUUAACAAAAAAAGCAAAAAUAAAUGUAUAAAAGUUUUUUUGUUUUUUUUUAAGUAAAAAAAAAAAAAAGACUAGGCAAACCAGUACCUGAAGUCAUCCAGCAACACACACUAACUGGACACAAAAUAUCUCAUGCAUUCUUUCUUUCAAGCAACAGAAGGCAUCUACACUCACCUUCCUCUUGCCAACAGAUGCAGUAACUUAAUACAGUCCAGAUACAAUGUAAUACAGUUUAUUUGUCAAACAUACAUAUUGUUAUUAACACAUUUGUCUAUGGACAGGAAUGUUACCUGAGACUGGUCUUUCGUUUUGUGUAUAUAAGGCCAGAUGAAAUCUGUAGUUUACCCUAUGAAUAAUAAAUCAAUCAAAUGUA